GUGUCGGACGACUUGAAAAUCUCCAUCAGAUGUGACCAGGACCAGGGCCUUCUCAUCUACGUAACACCCGUUGAUUGAAUGAUCGCAUCCUUCAUUUUUAAAGCGCCUCCUACAAAUAGAACCAUCACACAUUCGAGCCAUGCCACGUUCCGUUCAACACUGGCCGGGGGGAAUUCCCAGUUCCAUCAAACCACACCCAGAAACGGAUUUAUCUUUGGACCAGAUCAAGGAGGAAGUCAAGGGCUGGCUACUCUUUGUACAGGAAAAUUGGGUUCCUGCAGCCAACACUCGUGCUUCCAACGACGGAGAAUAUGAGCUGCAUCAAAGGCGCCACCUUAUUGAAAAAUGGGUAUCGGCCACACAGGAACUUCGUGAUGUGAAUUCAACCCCCGUUAAGUCUCCCAAAAUUUAUUGCAUCAACUAA